CCAAUCUAAGCAUCUGGCGGGCCCCACUUUAUGUCUCGGAUCCAAGAUUCCUCCUGCUUGCCUGCUGCCAUAGCUGUUCCGCUGCACCACAACCGACACUUAAAUUCAUUUCCUCUGAUCCCUAUCCACCCUUCCGUAACCAGCCUUCACUCCUCUCUCUGUCGCACCUCCUCUGCUCUUCUUCUUAAUGGCGCUCCACUCUUAUUCUCCGGUGCGCCUGAACCCUACCCCUCUCAUAUCCAUUAAACGCCACCGGAUCUCCCACCGCCCCGGCUCGAUACGCGCCUCCGCCGUCUCCUCCGCCCCCAAAGCUCGCUUCAUCGCCAAGCGCUCCGACUCCACCUCCGUCCAACAGCUCCAGCGCCCUCUCUUGGAGUACAUGAGCCUGCCGGCGAGCCAGUACUCGGUGCUGGACGCGGAGCGGAUCGAGCGCGUGGAUGAUAACACCUUCCGCUGCUACGUGUACCGCAUCAAGUUCUUCGCCUUCGAGAUCUGUCCUGUUCUCGUUGUCCGGGUCGACGAGGAGCCGAAUGGCUGCUGCAUCAGGCUCUUGUCCUGCAAGUUGGAGGGUUCGCCGCUUGUGGAAGCUCAGAAUGAGAAAUUCUCAGCUUCGAUGGUGAAUAGAGUUUCCUGCAAUGGUGGUAUGCAAAACUCGGGAAUGCAGCAGCUUACAACAGAUACAACUAUUGAGGUCUUUAUUGAAAUUCCUUUUGCAUUUCGAGCUAUACCUGUGGAAGCCAUUGAAUCCACUGGUACCCAGGUGCUUGAGCAGUUGUUAAGAAUAAUGCUUCCACGAUUUUUGAGGCAGCUUGUUAAGGACUACCAAGCUUGGGCUUCAGGCGACACCUCAAGGCAGCCUCUGGGAACAGGUGAACUUUGAAGCAGCCAGAAGAAAAUGGUGGCACGAACCUCUUCUCUGUAGAAUUAAUUUGCUCUUGUUUGGUUGGGCUUCAGUGUCCAUAUUCUCUUUAUCUAGUUGGUUAUCUAUAUGUUUUAAUGACCUCCAACUGAAAUUGGAACAACAUGCAAGUACUCAGUUUUCAGGGCUUUGCUUUGGA